AUGGAAAUUACAAUUUCUGAGGAAGGCGAAUCCAGCCGCGCCAAUUACCCGGAGCCGAUACGUGAGUUCACCGAGGAGGAACGGAACAACAUAAAGAAGCAGGUAACGAUAUAUGCGGGGGAAGCCAAAAAGCUAAAAGAAGAAGCCCAACGUGGAAGCACUAGCUGCAUCUACAGAGUCCUCCCGAGGCUCAAGGAAAGCAAUGGUGACUCGUUAUACGAACCCAACAAGGUCUCCAUCGGGCCCUACUACUACAAACUUCGUAAUGAAAAGUUCAAGAUGGCCGAAGAUUGCAAGAAGAAGUGCUUCGGCUCCUGGCUGGUCAAGAACAGAGAUCAAGACAUGCAAAUCAAUACCUAUAUGAGCUGCUUGCAAAGAAUAAGCAAACUUGAAGAGAAGAUUAGAAAGUGUUAUUCUGAAGAGGUCGAUGUCGCCGGUAUUGAAUUUCUCGAAAUGAUGGUUGUUGAUGCUUGUUUUAUAAUAGAAAUAAUUGAAAUGGUUAGAUUCACGAAGAAACGUGCCAACUACAGAAAAUCGGAUCUUGGAGCCUUGGCGUGGAUGGUACCUUAUUUCUACAGGGACUUUCUCCUGCUUGAGAAUCAGAUCCCUUUUUUCGUUCUGGAAGAGAUAUAUGCGCUUACCCAUAAUAUUUCUGUCAAGGAAAGUACAAUCCCGCUGCAGUUUGCUGCUUUGCGCUUCUUUAACUACGGAAUGAAAAGAUUCUAUUUCAUGACAAGGGACAAGCAUGAAAUGGAUGGGGUCCUGGUCUCGAAAUGGAUGGUGUUUAGAAUGUAUUAUCUUUUGUAUGAAAUUAUUACUUAG